CAACUGCAGGUUUUAGCUAUAUGCAUAAGUUAAAUUAGUGUUUAACAAUACCUUCGAAUUCAAGCAUUGUUUCUGGAACCUUUAGGGAUAUUUGAACAAUUGUGAUAUUGUCAAACGCGCAAAAUCACGUUUAAACAUGGAUACAUCUGUAUGCGUGCGCAUACUUUUGAUCUUUAUAAGCAGUGUAUCAAUGGUUCUUCAAGUGAUAGGUCUGGUUGGGCAUAGCUGGUUUGGGUUUUCUUUAACCGUGGAUAACAAUGGACAGAAAAUGACACAAACCAUGCAUGGGGGACUCCUGUACUUUUCACCACUGAAAGUCUGCCUAGAUGAUGGCAACGGCUCUAGAUGUAGAACACCCGAACAAAUGACAAUACAGGAGAGAAGGUCAUUCGAAGCGACGAACCAGAUUCUAUCUCGGAGUGUUAUAAUACAGAGGUGUUUGGUUAUAACUGGGCUAGCAUCAUCAUGUUGUGGUCUAAUAUUUCUGUUCAUAUAUCUCUUUAUCUUUAAGAAACUUUUCAAACAUAGAUGCUCCGGUAUAACAUCCGCAGUCUUCUGGAUAUUUGCUGCACUGCCUGAAUAUAUAGCUAUUGGUGUACAAAUAUUUGCCAACUUUAACAUGAAGAGUUCAAUCAAUGUGAUGGCUCUAUCUGAAGAUACACUAGGGAUGCACGUUCAAGCACAAUUUAUUACUCCUUGGGCAGUUAUUCUUCUAG